GAAAUGAGGAAGUGUUUUUUUCACUGCAUUAGGAGAGGUAAGGGAUGAGGAAUGCACACCUGCUCCAGAAAACAGCUGCAGCAAAGCCUGACUUCAGGCUGACGUGAGUUUUUCAAACACCAAGACUCAAAGGAAGUUUCACGGAGUUUCUGGGUAAGUGAGUAGAACGACGACUGCCUGCUUGUGUCUGUAGGUCGGUUCUGAUGAGAUGGCAUCGCGAACAGAAUAUGACCUCUGCUGUCCGGCGUGCCACGACAUCUUUAAGGACCCAGUUGUCCUGCCGUGUGGACACAGCUUCUGCAAAGGCUGCUGGAAGAGCUGCUGGAGAGAAAAACAAACAUUCAGGUGCCUCGUUUGCAAGAAAAGAUCUCUGAAGUUAAAACCACCUCAUAACUUGGCGUUGAAGAACCUGUGUGAGGUCUUCUUACAGGAGAAAACCCAAAAGGCUUCACUGGGACCUGACCUUCUCAGUCUGCAGUCUGAGAAACUCAAACUCUUCUGUUUGGACCAUCAGCAGCCGGUUUGUGUCAUUUGUCAAGAUGCAAUAACCCACAACAACCACAGGCUCAGGUCCAUCGCUGAAGUUGCUCAGGAACACAAGGAAGACCUUCACAAAUCCCUAAAGAUCUUACAGGAGAACCUGAAGCUCUUUGAAGAAGUUAAAGGAAGGUUUGACCAAACAGCAGAACACAUUAAGGUCCAGGCCCGACUCACAGAGAGGCAGAUUAAGGAGCAGUUUGAGAAGCUUCAUCAGUUCCUGAAAGAGGAAGAGGAGGUCAGGAUGGUUGCUCUGAUGGAGGAAGAGGAGCAGAAGAGUCAAAAGAUGAAGGAGAAGAUUGAAGCUCUGAGCAGAGAGAUAGCAGCACUUUCAGACAUCAUCAGAACCACAGAAGAAGAGCUGAGAGCUGAAGAUGCCUCAUUCCUGCUCAACUACAGCGCUAUAGUAGAAAGAUUCCAGCAGCACCUCCUGCUGGAUGAUCCAAAGCUACACUCGGGAGCUCUGAUAGAUGUGGCCAAACAUCUGGGCAACCUGACCUUCAGCAUCUGGAACAACAUGAAGGAGAUGGUCUCCUACACUCCUGUGGUUCUGGAUCCAAACUCUGCUCACCCAGAAUUGAUUCUGUCUGAAGAUCUGACCAGGGUGAGGUUUGGAUCAUUACAGAAGCUUCCUGAAAACCCAGAGCGGUUUGACUGCUACCCCUUUGUCCUCGGCUCUGAGGGCUUUACUUCAGGGACUCACAGCUGGACCGUGGAGGUUGGAGACUGUCCAAACUGGUUUCUGGGAGUGAUAGCCGAGUCUGACCAAAGGAAGGGAGACAAACUGUCAGAAUUUUGGCGAAUAGGCUUCUAUGAUGGUAAAUACACGGUACGCUCCACAUCGGAUCCCUACGCUACUCUUCCAGUGAAGAACCAGCUCUGGCAGGUCAGAGUUGAUCUGGACUGGAACAGACGAAAACUGUCCUUCUCUGAUCCGGAGUCCAACACACACAUACACACAUUCACACACACUUUCAUGGUCAGACUGUUUCCAUACAUCAGCACGAACACAGAUCUCACAUUGAAGAUAUUACCAGUGAAACUCUCAGAUAGACCGGCACCGCAGGGCUUUACUUUGAGCAAAGACAGAAGAUCAAAUGUCCACCCACAUUCAGCUCAGUCCAUCUAAACAAGGAUUUCCCCUAACUUGCAAUAUAAACGGAGAUGGGGCAUAAGGAAGAACCACGCGAGGAACUGUAGAAUCACUGAAACACACCUGGUGGUAUG